UCGCCGGCGUGUCUUCGUGUCUUUGUGUUUUUGUCUUUGUGUUUAUGUCAGUACGUUAUCUGUUUGUGUGUCGGAGUGACUGAGCCGUUGUUUGUCUGUGUGUUUGUUGUGCGGUGGUCGUGUGAGUUUUGCCGUUGUCUGUGUGUUUUACGGCUCUCUGUAUGUUAUUGUGUGUAUGGGAGACGGCGUUUGCAGCUGCUGAGUGAGUGUUGUGUUAUUUUGCCGUGGUUUGUGCUUAUAUACUAUUUGAGAACUAAUUAUAAGAAUGAUACUCUCUAAUAUUAAUAAUACUGAUGAUAUAAUUUUUAUCAGGCUAUGUGCUUAUAUGGCGGUUGAUUUUAAUAAUAACGUGUUAGCUUGUUAGUCUGCUUCUGUCUCGUGGCUUACGGUACAGGCGCAUGUACGGAGCUACAUUAGCAUUUAAUUCAGCAGUUGGCUUGUUACGUUUGAUGUGACUCCGGCUCGCUUUACAGUUCUCAUGGCAGAUGUAGUUCGUCAAUAAAGUGAUGUUGUCAUUUUGAUUGUCUGUUACACGUAGACAGGUCGUUGGUUUUUACACACUGUGUCUGCAGAACAACUGCAGGCUGAUUUUUUCCCUGGACAGCUGCGUCUGUGAGUUUACAGGAGGCGACACAGGACAGAAAGUUGUGGACCCGUUUUGUGGAUUCGAUUUUCGAUGGGCUUGUGAUAGAGUGGUGUGAGGUAUUUUUUAAAUUUUUAUUUUUUUUAGUCUUUAAUUUCUUAUUAUAUAAGAAUAUUGUUGUAAGACUAGUGGAUCUCUACAGUGUUUCAUGUUCUAUUUUACUGUAGUUCUUUUGUUCAGGAAUCAUUUUUGGGAGUUGGUGUAUAUUCACGGGGUGACACGAUGGCAUUUGGUUUGCGUUAUGUACACUGGAAGUUACAAAUUCUAGUGUGUGUGGUAUUUGGCCCCGUCUUGUUCGGAAUCUGGUUUUUUUGGCGCUCUGCUGAUGUGAGUGUCCCCUCUGACCCUUUUGUGCCCUCAGCGGGUUCAGUAAGGGAACUGGGGUUCCGGGGAAACAUGACCUCCAGAUAUAGGCGUUCUUUAGGGUUUCUUCCUGACGCAUGCCUCACUAAAUACGGAGGUCUGGAAUUUAAUUAUACUCUGGGUGCUACUGCUUCUUUUCAUUUUGAUUUGUGUGAAGUGAUUGGUUGUUGGUCAUCCCCUCGUUCAUGGCAGACAUAUUCUGUGUAUUUGUGUGGGGAUCCUUUUUUCCAGCGCCAUUGCAUGAAGCAGGAGGACGGUUUUCACUCCCUGUGUCCAGGCUGGCAAUCAGUUUUUCAGUGGUUGGGUCCAGACUGGAGACCACUCUACGGGUAUAAAUCUGUCACUGCCUACAACAAGGUUGAUUUAAGGAGGGGUGUUCUUGGAGUUUCUCAAAGGCUGGGUUUGAAUCCUCUCGUAUUAACCAUUGAUACAUUGUACAGUCCCUUUUUCAAUAAGUUUCCCCGGGAUUCUGCUGUGUAUUUGGUUUUGGGGAUUUCCCUGCGGGGGAGAGAUCCUUUGGGGGUGAUUAAGAUAAAUUUGGUAGUGCCUGAUUAUGUGAGAGAGGUUGCUCAUCGGCCGGUUGAUGUAUAUGCAGCGUCUUUUGAUUUCACUGCGGUGACUCCUCUGGACAUGGUUCGGGCUGAGACUGGUUUUAUGGAAAAUAAUUUGUGGUUAACUUGGUUGGCACAGGUUGUUCAGGAUGCUAAUUUUGGGAAUUGUGUAGCGUGCGCGACUGCUAGGCCCCGUCUUUAUACGGAACCUGCCCCUUUGCACUUGGAUGAUGUGUGGGGUUUGAAUUGCAUGAUUGCUCUAACCAGAGAGGCCACCCCAGUGAAUUGUACUUUUCUUGCCGGUUUGUAUCCACCCAUUAGUAAUCACACUAGGACUGGACACUUCGUGCCAGUGAAGGGUGCAGGUUCAUAUGUUUGUUUUAAGUUUACUCCCGUCGUUCCUCAUUUGCUGGUGGGGGACAUUCCCAGUGAUUGGUGUAAUCAUACUCUGCCAGGUUCUUUGAUUGGACAUUGGGCAAGGUCCGGUUUGUACUAUUAUUGCGGGAUUGAUAUGCUGUUUGUGCGUCUUCCUCCUCAUGUUUUGGGUCUGUGCGCUAUGGUUCGUCUUGCUGCACCGAUCAUGGUUGUGGGGGAGAAGCUUGACCCUGCUGACCGCGGGGUUGUGUCCACUCUUUUGACAAGAAGGAAGAGGCGGCUUGGUCGCUCAGCUCAUUCUUUUGAUUUAACAGCGGACUCUUUGACCUAUAUUGAUGCGGUGGGUGUCCCGAGGGGAGUUCCGGAUAGAUAUAAAUUGGCUGAUCAGAUUGCUGCGGGUUUUGAGAAUCUUCCUGUUAUUUCAGCUCUGUUUCCUGUCACCCCGAAUAAGAAUGUUGAUAGGAUUAAUUAUGUUCAUUAUAAUGUUUUGCGAUUGGCUAAUUUGACCAGGGAUGCUGUUGAAGGUCUGCGGGAUCAGUUGGCUCCCACUUCCUUAAUGACGAUACAAAAUAGGAUGGCGUUGGACAUGCUGCUGGCAGAAAAAGGUGGUGUGUGUUAUAUGUUUCAGGAGACUUGUUGUACUUUUAUUCCCAAUAAUACGGCGCCAGAUGGUUCGGUGACGAGAGCAUUGGAAGGGUUGAAAAUUUUGAGUAAGACCAUGCAUGAACAUUCUGGUGUUGAUGGCGGUUUGGAUCGAUGGUUCACAACCAUGUUUGGGAAAUGGAAGGGCAUCGUCAUCUCGCUGAUGGUGUCAGUGGCCACGUUUUUGGCAAUUCUAGUUACGUGUGGCUGUUGCUGUAUUCCGUGCAUACGUUCAUUGUUGAUCAGGUUUAUUGCUGUCUCCGUUGAAAAGGGGAGCGGCGCUACGCCGGGGCCGCCUCCUUAUCAGAUGCUUUUCCGUGGGGUUUUGGUACGUAGGCAGUAGUAUUUUGGGUAAUGCGGGUGAGGAUAUUUUUUGGUUGUUUUUUAUUUCUCUCGGCUUCUUUCUUAUGUAUUUACUCCCAGCUACAUAUGGUCGAAUAUUUUAAGUGAUCUCUUUUUGUUUCUAAAGAGAUCAAAAGGGGGAAUGUUGACAUAGAAUUUUAAGUUAGCACAAUACUGCACAGGAUAGCUUUGACACAUAUAAAAUAUAACAUAGAAAGUUAAAGUACACUCUAGGUUCUAGGUUCAUAUAAAUUUAGAUGAAACUAAAAACAACGGCUCAAUCUCUGAAACGCAGAUAAAUUCUUAAAAGGAGGAUCAGACAGAAGAAACAGAAAACGUAGGCCUAGACUCCUUGGAUCUCUUGAGAUAAGGAGCCUAUAUGCCAGGCAAUUAACAAAUUCCUUAGCAUGGUUCAAAAGUUCACUAGGAUCUUAAAACUUUUUAUAAAUAAUUUUAUCUAUAUUAGAAUUAACUAUAUUUCUUUAAGCAUGUUUUUAAAUAGUUACUUAUUAGAUCCAAACUUAUAGUCAUUAUUUAGCAUUACAUUGUGUGCAAGCUUGGUUAAAAUACAAACGACUUUUUUGUGAAAAACAGCUUGGGGAAGAGAUAGCGCUGCAGCUGCACUCUAUAUCAAACUGGACAGCGGCAGGUACGAAAAGAGCCGGGCCAUAUAUCUGCUUUUGGGGCUCUUUAGCAGGAGGUUUUAAAAUUAACAUUGAGACAGCCCACACAAAGGAAAAGAACACACCUCCUAAUGCAUAUAUUUAAAUGAGGAGAAUAUGCAGUCUAUAAAAAAUGGUUUGUUUCACAGCAGAAGUUGGAAUCUCUUUGUGCUGAGUGAGAGUUUCCCGGAGGAUGCAUCUUCUGUUAAUCUGUUGUCUUUUUUACUCAGUUCUUUGUCUCUGUUUUGUAAUAUCUUGGACUUUUGCUCUAGGUGAGAGGCUUAUUGUAAAGUUCUUCUUGGAUUGAUUUUCUCUGGAUAAAACUCUGAAUAUCUGAA